AUGCCUAAACCGAGUCGAUCAGCAUUUUAUUUUUAUGCUCUUGAAUAUCAACGUCGUUAUCAACGUAAUAAUGGUAAUCGAAUGAGUAUCAAUGAUGCUAUAGCAGCAUGUUAUGAUGAAUGGAAAUUAUUAUCUGAUGACGAAAAACAUCCAUAUAAAGUUUUAUAUGAAGAAUGGCGUAUACAAUAUCGUUUAGAUCCUGAAUCAGCUACGAAUUCUACACAACGUUAUUUACAAACAAAAAAAUCUUCUAAACAAGAAAAACAAAAUGAAAAAAUUCUUAGUGAACGUGAUAUACCAUGUGAAGAAUUAAAGAUUCAUUAUGAUCGUUUUAGUUUAGAAAGAGAUUAUUUAGCAUUUGAAUAUUUACCAUUAGAUAUAAAUGAAUUAUUAACAAUGCCAAUCUAUAUAAUAAAUUUUCAAAUAUUUUGUAAAAUUGAUGAAGAAGAUGGAGGACAAUAUGUACCAGCUGAAAUGUGUAUUCUUCGUUAUACAUUAGCUGAAGGAGCAACUAUAUUUCGACAAACAUUUAUCAAACCUGAUAAAAUUCCACCAGGUUAUAUGUCGGCAUGUUUAGAACAUUUAAAAUCAUCACAUGAAAUACCAUUAAAAGAUUUUGCUGAAGCAACAGAUAAUUAUAAAUUGAUUUUUCAACAAUUAAAAUCGAUUUUAAUACCAACUGUUAUUAAUAAAACAAAUAAUGUACUUGAUGAUGAUCGUACUCGUCGUCGAUAUCAUCGUUUAACUCAACCAUGUGUAUUUUUUCCAGCUGUCGAAUAUGAACAAACAAGUAGAUUAAUAGAUUGGUUACAAGAAAAAGCUGAAGGAGUUAAACCAAAUAAAGAUACACGUCUCGUUAGUUUUGCAAGUAUUGAAUCAUUAAUAAUGCUUUUAGUUGAAUUAAAAAAACAACGUGUAUCACGUGAUGAUAUACAUAAAACAUUUGAAAAUGCUGCUUAUUCAUUUAUGAUUGAAGAACGUUGUAAUUAUCAUUCAAAAAUAGGUAUUAGUCAUUGUUCAGUUGCACGUUGUUAUGCAUCUGCAAAACUUAUAUCGGCUUAUUUAAAUCAAUUAUAUGUACCAGAAAGACCAGCAUCAAUAAUGAUGAGUAGUAAACGAUCACAAAGUUCAUUUAUGAUGAAUUCCGAUGCAUCAUCAGUUGCUUCAAUGAAUCGUCUUUCAAAUCAUUUACAACAAUCGUCAGUAGUUAGACCUUCAACAACAUCUCAAAUAAUUUCAAGUCAACAUUCUACAACUGGUACAAGUGAUUCAAUUGCUUCAUGCUAUCGUCCACCUGAUCAACGGAAACCACAAUCUCAAUCAAGACCUGCAUUUAUUCAAUCAUCUAGUCGUUCAUCAUCAGCAAAAUAUCCAUAUCAAUCUCAACAACAAUCGGAUCAACAAAAUCAACCUGUAUCGGAUGAACUUAUUCAUCAUCCAACGAUCAUUAAACUACAACAACAAAAUUUUCAUCGUUUAUUAUCGAGUGCUGAAUCUACAACCUCUUCAUUAUCGGCUAUUAAACAACAGCAACAACAACAAAUCUUUCCAAUUAAUCCUGCUACAGAUGAUGAUCAAACAACUUAUUUUAGUUCAACUACAACAACAACAACAACAACAACAAAUAAUCCAAUACAACCUUUAAAACAAAUGCCUAAUAAUCAACGCGUUGUUUUACAUCAACGUAAACAAGCAUUAAUGAAAGCUAUUCAGAGUAUUAAUAAACAAAUGGAAGCGUUAGAUAUAUAG